CAGUUAACCCCUGCUAGUUCACUAUUUCUGCUUGGUAAACGUAUUCAACAAUAUGUCAUUAAUACGAAGACGUAGCUUAGUAUUGUUUGUUGAACUCUAGCAUCCCGAGCAACAAUAUACUAUAACUUUCCAAGGAAGAUCACACGCAAGUAAGCCCACAGUGCAGUCAGACGAGACCCGAUCAGGCAGUCACCCACACACAGCUGUGAGCAAGAGAGGAAGUGGAUCUUCCCGGUAAAGUCCAGAGUAUUCCAGGAUGGGCUCCGUGUCACUCUUCUACGUGUCCUACCUGCUGUGCCUAUGCCUGGGCUUCCUCUGUGUGGUGUUCGUGUCCUACUGGAACUCCACGUGGCGGGGGGGCUUUGCGUGGGAUGGCGGCGCACUCCAGUUCAACUGGCAUCCUGUCCUAAUGGUGACGGGACUGGUGGUGCUGUAUGGGAACGCGGCAGUGCUGUACCGCAUCCCGCUCACCUGGGGCCAGAACAAGCGGCCCUGGAAGCUGGUGCACGCCGGAACGCUGUUCCUGGCUCUGCUCCUGACCAUCCUGGGGCUGUGCGCUGUUUUCAAUUUCCACAACGCCCAAAACAUCCCCAAUCUGUAUUCGCUGCACAGCUGGCUGGGCAUCUGCACAGCCGCACUGUUCACUGCGCAGUGGGUGCUGGGCCUGGCUGCCUUCCUCCUGCCCUGCUCCCCAGUGGCCUUCCGCAGGCUGCUAAAGCCUGUGCACGUGUGGAUGGGAAGCUUCAUCUUCAUGUUGAGCCUUGCGUCCUGCAUCUCGGGCAUCAACGAGAAGCUGUUUUUUUCUCUCAAGGGGAGCACCAAUGGGACACAACCAUACUCCAAGCUGCCACCAGAGGCUGUGUUUGCAAACUCGUUAGGUGUCCUCAUCAUAGCCUUUGGAUUGGUUGUCCUGAGAAUAUUGUCCAAUCAGAGGUGGCAACGGCCAGAAGCGGAACAAGGGGGGAUGUCUGAACCAUUGCUUGGAGAGGACAGCUGAUGGGAGAACACACACCCCUCUGAAAGGACCUUCGAGAAAAAAAUAAUUCCACAAAAACAAUAUACUGCAUCCCAUUAUCCCUUGUUGAAGACUGGGAUUUUCAAUGCUGUCUAUUUUGAAGGCACUCCUUGGAGACAACUUGUUUUCAUGUCUCCUGCAAAAAUGAUUAUUGUGGACUCAGAUGUAAUCGAAAAAUAUAAAUGACUGAAUAAAGUACUCUUUAAUUAUA